UCUCGUUUACACCGCUUUCAACAGUGAGUCGCGUCUCGUCUCCUUCAACGCGUUCGAAGACCAUCGGGCCGCAUAUCAUUGGGUUGUGGGCCUUCCCCGCAGGUAUCACAACUUCGUGACAUGCCGUUGCAAACUCCCCCUAAUCUCUGCAAACGGGGCGAUCCGGGCGUAUCUAGGAUCGCGAUCCUUGACAACAAUAUCGUGCGAAUGCUGACGAGUGCGUUCCUUUUCAAUCUUCGCCGACCUCUCGCCACUGUUCUCUUCGCUCGUCUCUCGUCAUCGCAACUAUCAUUCUUCGCCUGCGUUCGCAGAUGUCUAAUCGAGAAGACUCCGUUUACCUCGCGAAGCUCGCUGAGCAGGCUGAGCGAUAUGAGGAAAUGGUUGAGAACAUGAAGACCGUCGCCUCUGCCGACCAAGAGCUCACCGUUGAAGAGCGAAACCUCCUUUCCGUCGCCUACAAGAACGUCAUUGGUGCUCGUCGUGCCUCUUGGCGAAUCGUCUCUUCCAUCGAACAGAAGGAAGAGUCCAAGGGUAACGCCGACCAGGUCUCCAUGAUCAAGGCCUACAGGGAAAAGAUUGAGGGCGAACUCGCCAAGAUCUGCGAGGACAUUCUGCAAGUCUUGGAGAAGCACCUCAUUCCCUCCGCCGCCAGCGGAGAGAGCAAAGUCUUCUACCACAAAAUGAUGGGAGACUACCACCGUUACCUCGCUGAAUUCGCUACUGGCGACAAGAGAAAGGACUCUGCCGACAAAUCGCUCGAGGCCUACAAGGCCGCUUCGGACGUCGCCGUCACUGAGCUUCCACCAACACACCCCAUCCGUCUGGGUCUUGCCCUCAACUUCUCGGUCUUCUACUACGAGAUCCUCAACAGCCCCGACCGUGCGUGCCACCUCGCUAAGCAGGCUUUCGACGAUGCCAUUGCCGAGCUCGACACCCUGUCCGAGGAGUCUUACAAGGACUCUACCCUCAUCAUGCAACUCUUGCGUGACAACUUGACCCUCUGGACCUCCGACAUGACUGAGGGCACUGGAGACGACGCGCCAAAGCGGGAAGAGGAAUCCAAAGCUGAAGAGGCCCCUGCUGCGGCAGCUUAGAGAGAGUGUGCCAUUACCAUACCGAAGAGACAAAGAGUUUGACUUGCAUUUCUCGGGUUCCGUACGGCGCUACCACCCCCUCGAUCCACCUCUUACUACCCGUCAUCCUCUCUACUCUCGCUCUCGCCAUAGCUGUUAUUCCGUCCUCUCCACUCUUUCUCCUCCUUUCCAAACCCCUUGUUUACGCCAUAGCGUCGAUAUUUUCAGAUGAACCAAAGUAUUCGUUACACUGGGCAGCAUUGCGAGCGAAGCAGUUGGUCAUGCGCUCACUGUCCGUGUUAAGCCCCACCCCGGACAGACGUGACGCGCUGCAUUUCUACAAU